AUGAUUAAAAAACAGACCGUUGAACAGAUCCUGCGCCAGUUACAACUAAGAAUUAGCACGGGGUCGCCCGCGGACGGCCCAGGCCGGAAGGAAGAAUACCAGGAUGAGCUGGACUCGGCCUUGAACUCUGCCGUCGGUACGGACGCCCAUGUUGCAGACUUGAUGGAGCUGCUCAUCGGACUCGGUGCAAACGUGAAUCGUAUUCCAAAAAAGCGAUACCGUGUACGCACCGAAAACGUCGUCAUGCGCGCCAUCGUGGAGGAGGACCUCGUCUUGUUCAAGGAGAAGGUUCCUUUCCUGGCACAGAACGGGGCGGACUUCCGUAGAGCAUAUAGAUCUGCAGAUUGGAGCGAGGUGGAGGUCAAGAAGGCGAUGGAACGGCUCGACGAUAAACUUCGAGACGAUGAGCAGACGAAAGACUUACAAAUCCCCACCACGCUUGCUGCCAUUGAAUACCUUCGGUUCAGUGGGGCUAGUCACUAG